CCCCCCCCCGGGCUCGAAGCCGCAGAGCAGCAUGUCAGCACCAAAUCCCUCGCGCUGCUGCGCGCGCGCGGCUGCCGUGAAGAACAACCUGCGGUCCGCGAGCUCGUCAGAGCAGGGUAUUCUCUCGGAGGACCUGGACUUGUCGUCGGUGUGCAAGUUCAGCUUCAGGUGGAGCUGCUCGAGGCUGUCCUCCAUGAAGCGCACGUGGGACAUCAUGAUGUCCGACUCGCAGAUCAGCUUCUGGAUGUCCACGGGGGCCACCGUCUUGAGCCUCAUGCACGCUCUCACGAAGUCCUCGACGGGCACUUUCUUGUCAUCCUCCCAGCAGGUUGAAGAGCUCGACGAUGUCGUGGAAGUCGAGGCCCAUCAGCUUCAGGUAGUCCUUCAGGUGCUUGCUCCUGCGCGGGCGCGCUUUUCGAGAUGCACUUGUCGCCGUCCGUGUCCAUCUCCUCGCACAGCUGCUUGAGCUCGCUCGCCUGCUUCACCGCCUGCUUGCGGAGCGCCCGCGCCUGCGUGUACGUGUCCGGCGUCGCCCUCUUCAGUGCUUUUUCCACAAAAAUUCCCGUCAAUAUAUUGACGAGUGCGAUCUGUAUGAACGCAAUACGACGAACAGAAAGAUCGCGCAUGACAGAUCUCCUGUAGGCUGCAGGGUCUCGUAGAACACAAGCCAGUCCUGACCACCUGUCACUGCCGCAUACAGACUGAGCAUGGAACGCUGAACUGUAUCGAAUUCCCCUAUGUUGUCCGCAUCUCUGUCCUCUGGCGCUUGGUCUGCGAGGUACGAACCAGUUUGCUGCACGAAGACCAGGCUGAACAUGAACACAAUGAUACAAAUCAUCACGAUACUCCAAAGAAGGUUCAGGAAAGAGCCCACGAGGCAGGCCAAUAUGAGCCGCAGCUCCUUGAAGCUCUUGACGAUCCGGAGCACGCGGAGCACCUUUGCCAUUCGGAGGAGCCUCAACGAACGG